GGGUGGCCAGAGCUGAGCGGUGGAGCAGGGAGGACGCACGGAUCGAGGCCACAGCAGUAUGCCGCAGUGGAUGGGGGAGGGCGACGUCUCGCCGACACCCACGCCGACGCCGACGCCGACGCCGACACCCACGCCGACGCCGACGCCGGCCGAGACGGCCCGGCAGCAGCGACUCUCGGCCAUGCUGGACACACUGCCGCCCGAGCUGGAGCGCAAGCUGUCCGUCCACCACGGCAUCAAGCUGAGGCGCUUCGACACGACCAUCGACAAGCUACCGGACAAGGUGCUGCUGCGCAUCUUCUCCUUCCUCACCCACCGCGAGGUGUCCACGUACGCGCACGUGUGCAGGAAGUGGCGUCAGAUCGCGUACGACUCGUCGCUGUGGUCGGUCGUGUCCAUGAGGCCCGAGGUGUCGGGCCUCUACGUCCAGAACUCGGAGUCCCUGCAGGCGCUGAUCAGCGUUCGGUUCGGGCCUUCGCUGCGCUACAUCGAGCUGCCCAUCGAGCUGACCACCAACGCCGUCCUGCACGAGCUGGCCAGCAAGUGCCCCAACCUGACGUACAUGCUGCUGGACUUCUCGACGGCCAUGCAGCUGCACGACUUCAGCGACAUGCAGUCGUUCCCCACACGUCUGAGGUACCUCUGCAUCUGUCUCUCCGAGGUCAUAUUCAUGGAAGGCUUCAUGCGAAAAAUCUAUAACUUCAUCAACGGCUUGGAAGUAUUACAUCUUAUCGGCACCUACGAGAAGAUUGAAGAGGAGGAGGAGGAGAUCUACGAAGUGGUAAACGUGCACAAGCUCAAGUCGGCCACGCCUAACCUGCGAGUGGUGAACCUGUACGGCAUCAACUUCGUGGACGACACGCACGUGGAGGCGUUCAGCUCCAACUGCAUCCAGAUGGAGUGUUUGGCUAUCAACUUCUGUGCCAAGGUGACCGGCUCGUCCUUCCGGAUCCUGUUUCAACGCUGCAGAAAGCUGAGGUCACUGCAGUGUCAGCAGACGAGUCUGAGCAGCGAGCACAUGAUGGCCGUGGAGUGGGAGAAGACGGCGCUGCAAGAACUGGACAUCACGGCCACUGACCUCAGCACCGAGUGUCUGAUCGACCUGCUCACCAGGACGCCGGCGCUGCGGUGGCUGAGCGCCGGCCAGCAGGACGGCUUCACAGACCAGGUGCUCAAGGCCUACAUCGAGAAGGGCAACCCGCGCAGCCUGGUGGCGCUGGACCUGGACCUAUGCGACAGCCUCUCGGAGGAGGGCCUCUUCGCCUUCCUCUACAAGUACGGCUUCCAGCUGCAGGGUCUGGUGCUCUCCGGCAUCCCGCAUGUCAGCGAUUCCCUCUGGCUGAAGGUCAUGCCGUCACUGAAGAAUGUCAGGAUCCUUAAGAUGGGCACCUUCACUCUGGAGGGGCUAAGUAAGAAGAUCCCGGUGGACCAGAUUAUGGACGCGAUCGCCACCAGCUGCGGCCAGCUGGAGCGGCUCGAGAUCUGCUGGGACCCAGAGACCGUCCGCUUCUCCGACAAGAGUCAGAAGGCUAUCGACGCCGUCCGAGUGCGUUGUCUGAGGCUGUGCUGUCUGGUGCUCAGUGACGGCAAGUACUACGAGGUCGUCAAGUCGAACUUCGAGCGGGCCGACCGAUCGACGGUGGUGCGGACCUCCACCACGUGCAAGGUGACCAACGCUUACCUGCUUAGCCACUACAACGACCUGCUGUUCAACUAGUGCCGUCGGAUCGUCUGGACAGGUGGCAGCACCGGACGCCGCCCUUCUCACCACGGCGUCUCCCGCGUUGGCCGGCGUCACAGUGACGUCACGGCACCACUCCAGGAAAUGGCCGGAAGGGCAUGUGACGACGCAGCGCCCCGUAAGUCGUCCGCCAAGCAUUCGCCGCCCAAGUGGAGGCCGUGUGACGUCACAGCGACAUCACAGCGUGAUGUCCCCCCACCUCAGCGGCCGACGGCUCCGCUCCGGCUGUCCGUGACGUCACGCUGGCGUCACAGCAUGGCGUUCACGAGAGCAGCUGCUCCUCCGGCGUCCCGGUGAAGGUGGAACCGAUCCUAGAGCGUUCGAGCCGACGCCGCAGCCGGCCCGAGACCGGUACGGCCAGCCUCCAGCGCCCCGACCCCCGUGCCGAGCGACCCGCCGCCUUCUCCGCCCUCAGAGGCUGCUCCACGCUGGGGGCGUCACUGAAGAGUGCGACGCGGCAGACCCAGCCGCGGAGCCGCACCGGCGGGCGCUCGCCAGUGAUGUCGCCCUGACCUGCCGUCGACUCGCCCGGCCGCCGUCCCCGCGGCGAAUGCGUGCGCAGCUGUGUCGUCUGCCACCCGGCGUGUCCCCAGACUCCAGUCGGCAUGAGCCAUUGUCGGCACAAACGACGGUCACCCCACACCCGCCGGUCGAUCAGCACGUCGUAGUGGUAAUUGGUUACGCAUCGCUCUGGCAGGACGCAGCGAGUGCCUUCGUAAGAUGACGUAGACAGUACCACCCUUCCAACGGUCAUGUAUUGCCCCAAAGCAAUGGCAGUCACAUGGAACAUUAAUGUUCUUUACGGACCCCUAACUGUACAGGUUUUGCGAUAUAACACUGAAUACACGAGCAGACGCCCUUCGCAGUGUUCGCCGGUGUGCCGGGCCUCCCCGCCUCCCCCGUCUGUGCCGCUACCAGUCACCGCAUCACAACCGAUCAGCGGGAACGAGCCCACAGCGCAGCGCCGUAAGACCGGCACCGAAAACGCCCCGUCCACGCCACGGCGCACGGCGCCAGAGCGCCGCGCCGCGGCGGGCGAGGUUCUGGCGGCCCGCGGCCGCGCAGGGCCGCCUGGCGUACCCUGCGCCAGCCCCUACUCAGAAGUGGUCGCACACGCCGGUGCGUGCGCGUCACGCACGGGACAGAUGGGUACGGCAGCCACCUGCCUGCGCGUCUGCAUUGAAAUCACAACCGAGGAAGCAGGGUCCACAGGCCCUUCCGGACGGGUACCGGGACGCCCCAAGCGUGUACAGGGAUAUAGAGGUUCCUCGCCCCAGUAGGCCGGUUGUACCAUUGAGGCCACGGGGCGCCCCCAGAACACCUUAAGGCAUGGCAACGCAGACGUGUAAAACCCGUUACAUCACGCACCGAAGCGUUGGCACUUGCCUAUACGAUCCGCUCUCGAUAACUAAGAUGCGACCAUUGAGAAGCAGCCCUUUCGUAAUGGCGGGCACACAGCACACUUUGAGACACAUACCAUGCGCCGGCAGCUAGGCCCGGCACGCAGCACGCGCACAGCACGUGUACAUGGUCCGGGCGCGCUGCGCUCCUCUCCCGUGCCGCACUCGCCGCCGGCGCUCCGCCACCUCCCAUUCCCAGAGCAGCGUCCGCCGGACACCGCUCACACGCGCACGCCGGGCACGCGUUUGACACCAGCUACCUGAAGCGCCCACAGAUCGUCCUGACCGUCCACCGGCAGCGUUCUGCACUGUUUCGCCGUCGGAGCCGCGGCUUGGUCCCGCCCGCUGGCGCCGGCGCCGGCGAGGUUCACGACAGAGGGGAUGGGUGCGAGGCGGGGGAGCAAAGGCGCGAGCAGGUCCGCUGUCAGGGUGCAGGCGGCGCCGCGGGCCGGGCCAGGGCGGGGCGGGGCGAGAGAACCGGUUAACUGCGCCGGAAGCCGGCCAUGGGCGGCGGCGGCAGCGGGCCGGCUCC